AUGAAAACCUACCAGACGCAGCACGCGGAGAGCCAGAGCGCGGAGAACAAGCUGCGGGACGCCGAGCGGCAGGAGGAAAAGAGGGGGGGCCGGCAGCCCCCAGAGCCAGGGGGAGCCGGGCAGGACAAGCUGGCCCGACGCGCCUCCCUCCGCAAGGGGGAGCGGCUGGUGGAGAAGCGCCAGGCCCGGUUCCUGGCAGCGCAGUCGAAGUGCACAGGAGCCCGGAACGAUUAUCUCCUGCACCUGGGGUCCACCAACGCCGUCAUCAGCAACUACUACCUACGGGACGUCUCCGACAUCCUCGACUGCUCGGACCUCGGGUUCCAUCUCUCCCUGGGCCGCCUGCUGCGGACGUACCUGGCAGCCGAGGGCCGGGCCCAGAGCUCCUGGGGGGAGGGGCUGGGGGCGCUGGAGGGGGCCGUGCUGGCCCUGGACCCCCCCGGGGACAAGGCCCGGCUGAUGGAGGCCAACCCGGCCGCAGGGGGUCUGGGGGGGAAGUAUCGGGGGAGGGGAUGA